CUAUUUUGAGAGGUGUUUGUAGGCAGUGGAAAGCUGCAUACAUUUCCUGGUACUGCAACAUAUUUUUAUUCUUCUAAGAAGAUUUACGAUGGCUGAUGGCAAAUCUAGAUUGACCCAAGAGAAGAAAAAGGUGUUACUGCAGUUACUGCGAUGCGAGUCCCUGAGCCUUCUGUAUAAGGCAACUGUACAUGGCUACCAUGUUAACACAUUUCAUGCCAUAUGCAAUAAACAAGGCCCAACUGUAGUGGUGGCAUACAAUAAAAGUGGUUACAUUUAUGGAGGCUUUACUGCUCAGAGUUAUAGUUCAUCUGGGCAAUAUCUACAAGAUGAAAAAGCUUUCCUCUUUAGAUUGAAGGGGAAAAAGAAGGAGCCACUAAAAAUUCCAUUCAAAUCUGCCAGUCGGGCAGUAAAUGACACUCCUUCAUAUGGCCCUAAUUUUGGAGAUGGAGCACUUAUAUUUCUGUAUCAAAAUAGUUCAGCGGUUUUUACAAAUCCAAACAUUGCCAAUUACACGUUCUGUGCAGGAGACUUACAUGGAAAUGACAAUACUCUCUUGGAAUGUGAAGUAUAUCGAGUUGAAGGUCUUGGUGCUUUGCUGGAAAAUCCAUUGCGAAAGGUUGAAUGGACAGCUGGGCAAAGAGAAAAACUGAUGGAUGAAAUAAGAACUUUCAAGCCUUCCUUGAAUUCCGUGCCAAAGCUUCGGGUCCUGUUGUUAGGGACAGUCGGAGCAGGGAAGUCCAGCUUUUUCAACUCCGUGAAUUCUGCUUUUCAAGGCUAUGUGGCAAGCGACGCCUUAGCAGGAUCAGAUUCCACAAGUGUAACUAUGCAGUAUAGAACCUAUGAAGUUGAAACUGCAGAUGGAAAGCCACUGUCCAUCGUUUUCUGUGACACCAUGGGACUAGAAGAGAAAGAAGGAGCUGGCCUGAACAUUGAUGAACUACCCAGCCUUUUAAAAGGCCACGUUCCAGAUAGGUACCAGUUUAAUCCAUGUGCUAUUUUAAACCCAAAUGCCCCAGACUACAUCAAGAGCCCAUCUUUGAAAGACCAGAUUCACUGUGUUGUGCUUAUUAUCGAUGGGUCCAAGGUUGAGAUCCUGCCUGAAAAGCUGGAAGCAAAGUUGAGAAAAAUUCGGAAAGAAACAUCCGAGGUGCCACUGCUUGUAAUAAUAACUAAAGUGGAUGAAGUUUGUUCUGCUCUUGCGGAAGAUGUUUCAGAUGUAUACAGAAGCAAAGCUGUUGUGGAGCAGAUGCAGUUAACAGGAGAGAAGCUUGGCAUCCCCCUGUGUCAAAUAGUUCCUGUUAAGAAUUAUUCUUCCGAGAUAGAAAUUAAGGAUGAUGUUGAUAUCCUGCUACUCAUGGCUGUGAGGCAGAUGCUGCGUUUAACUAAAGGCUAUUUUAAAAGCUUGCCUUUGGCCAAGGGAAAUUAACAUUUUGGAGUUUGAUGUGUUUAUUGAGAGGUAUCAAUAAUUUACGAAAGCCAGGUGGGUCACU